UGCUGCGGUUAUGUCCAACUGAGUGAAGCAAAGGAAACUGGUACUGAGAGGCGAUUGUCGGCCUUUGAUGCUAUAUUGAAUGAAUACAAGGCUAACCAAGACCCGUCUAAGAAUAUCAGACUGAUUGGAGGUCAUACUACGUAUGAAGGCAACGUUGAGGUUCGGCUAAGGAAUGGCAGUGCCUGGGGAGCUAUAUGUGAUGACUCAUGGGACGAACAAGAUGCUGAAUUGGCAUGUCGGACCCUGGGUUUUCAAGGUUCCUUGGGGGCCACUUCGAACAGCUACUUUGGGGAUACGUCGGAUGACUACCACCUGGAUGAGGUGCGAUGCAAGGGAGGUGAAAGCGAUAUCUUCGAGUGUUCUCAUCUUCCAUUCGGUCACCACAACUGUGACGUAGGAGAGAUUGCCGGUGUUCAUUGCAUACCAGAUAUUAGACUCCGAGGGAGCAAGAACGUCCGUGAGGGUCGGGUCGAGAUCAACUACAACGGGGAGUGGGGUACGAUAUGCGAUGACUCCUGGGACAUGGUGGAAGCCGACGUUGUGUGUCGUAUGAUAGGGUAUCCCCAUGCCACGGCGGCGCCCAAGGCAGCGAGGUUUGGUCCAGGUGAAGGGGCUAUAAUCCUUGAUGAGAUUCAGUGCGAUGGAUCGGAGAGGACGAUCCAGGAAUGCCCCCACGACGGGUUCCUAGAUCAUAACUGCAACCACGGGGAAGAUGCCAGUGUGAUCUGUGAUCUGAACAUGCGGCUUGUGAAUGGCACCAUGCCAGGGCGUGGUCGACUAGAGGUGUACCAUACUGGUAAGUGGGGGACGGUAUGCGAUGAUGCCUGGAGUCUGGAGAACACCAACGUUGUCUGCCAGGCCCUGGGAUACCCCGAAGCCACCGAGGAGAACCUCCCGCUCCAGACAAGCUUUGGUUACGGCACCGGUGAUAUCAUUCUCGAUGAUGUGGUUUGUCGAGGCAACGAGACGGAACUAUACGAGUGUUUGCAUGAGCCAUAUUUUAAGAGCAAUUGCGAGCAUAGUGAGGAUGUCAGCAUUACGUGUCCACCUGUUGUUCGUCUGGUUGGCGGCAGAGCUCCGGAAGAGGGCAGGCUUGAAGUUUAUCACAAUGGAUUGUGGGGGACGGUCUGUGACGACGGUUGGGAUAUGCAGGAUGCUAAUGUCGUUUGCCGCAUGCUUGGGUACGUCGCUGCUGAAGAACCUCUCCUUACGGUCUUCCAGCCGGGGAGUGGCAACAUCUUUCUUGAUGAGGUCAAUUGCCAUGGCAAUGAGACAAGUAUUUGGGACUGCGAGAGCGAUGGACUGAUGGUCCAUAAUUGCGGGUCCAUUGAGGAUGUUGGACUGCGAUGUAAAACAGUGUUUACCACCCAUGAGCCCGUCUCCGAGCUUGAGGUGCGUCUUGUCGGGGGUCAAGGUGACCGUCAGGGUCGCGUCGAGGUCUUCUACAACAAUGCGUGGGGGACCGUCUGUGACGACUCCUGGGACAUCAGGGAUGGUGAGGUCGUCUGCCGUAUGCUCGGAUUCCCCGGGGCGGAGUCGGCGCUCCCGUCCGCGUUCUUCGGUGAGGGGUCGGGCAGCACGUACCUGGAUAACGUUGGAUGCACAGGGGAAGAGGAGAACAUUGCGCAGUGUGUCCAUAACGGGAUCAUGGUUGAGAACUGCGGGCAUCACGAGGAUGCGGGCGUGGUGUGCUCCCCAUUGGUUCGUUUGGUGAACGGUAGCCACUACCGUGAGGGACGGGUCGAGCUCUACUAUGACGGAGAAUGGAGCACGAUAUGCAACGACGAAUGGGGGAUCCACGACGCUGAGAUUGUUUGCCGCAUGACAGGGUUCCCAGGGGUCGAAGGUUACCGAGUCUCCGGGGAGUAUGGGGAAGGCAGUGGAAAGAUUAUCUUGGACAAUGUGAACUGUAACGGGAGUGAGUGGGAUAUCUUUGGGUGCGGCCACAACGGUCUGUUUGUGCAUAACUGCAGACAUUCGGAAGACGCUGGGGCUGUGUGCACGUCAAGAGUACGUCUCGUUGGCGGCACGACUAGCAACGAAGGCCGUGUUGAGAUGUAUCACAACAACGCUUGGGGAACCAUCUGUGAUGAUGGGUGGGACAUCAAGGACGCGGACGUGGUCUGCCGGAUGCUGGGUUUCUACCGGGCCGAGAGCAUCCCGUCGUCAGGGAGAUACGGGAUGGGGCGGGGCCAGAUCCUCCUUGAUACACUGCAGUGUAAUGGCACUGAGGGUGAUAUUCUGGAUUGCGGACACGAUGGUCUCCUGAAACACGAUUGUGAUCAUGAAGAGGAUGCGACUGUCAUUUGCCUUGCCCCAACUGAAGCAGCGAAGAUGACCUUGGAUAUCCGUCUUGUUGAUGGUGGCAGCGCACGCCAGGGUCGUGUAGAGGUGGAAUACAACGGCGAAUGGGGUACGGUGUGCGACGAUGGCUGGGAUUUGCGCGACGCGGAGGUGGUAUGCCGCAUGCUCGGUUUCCCUGGGGCAGAGAAUGCCCUCUCUGGUGCAUUCUAUGGAGAGGGUACCGGGGCUACGGUGCUUGAUGACGUCAGUUGUGAGGGGACGGAGGAGGAUUUGGCACUCUGUCGGCAUAACGGUUAUCUAAUGGAGAAUUGCGGUCAUAGUGAGGAUGCAUCAGUUAUCUGCUCUCCGCUAGGUCGUUUGGUAAAUGGCAACAACUACCGCGAGGGAAGGGUAGAGGCGUACCACGAAGGCGAAUAUUACUCCGUCUGCGACGAUCUUUGGGAGAUGGAAGAAGGAAAUGUUUUCUGUCGUAUGCUUGGAUUUCCCGGUGCUGAAGCGGUUCACGCGCUAGCCAACUUCGGACAGGGCGAGGGCGACAUUAUCCUCGAUAAUCUCAACUGCGAUGGGACAGAGGAUAGUCUGUUCGAUUGCGAGGGCAGCACACUGUUCGAGCAUAACUGCAAGCAUAAUGAAGAUGCAGGAGUGACAUGCUCACAGAGUGUUCGUCUUGUGAAUGGAAGCAAUGCCUAUGAAGGCAGGGUGGAGGUCUAUUAUGCAGGGGUAUGGGGUACCGUCUGUAACGACGAGUGGGAUUGGAAUGAUGCAAACAUUGUCUGUAGGAUGCUGGGCUACUCUGGAGCUGAGGUAUCACAAAAAAUGGCGGUCUUCGGAGCAGGUGUUGGUCCCAUAAUUCUGGAUGAUGUCUCAUGUUUAGGGGAUGAGUUGAGUAUCUUUGAGUGUCCUUCGAUGGGUAUCUUCAGGCACAACUGCGAGCAUGCAGAGGACGUUGGUGUUAUAUGCAUAGAAGAUAGCAAGGAGCAACAAUCCAGUCUCUCUCUGCGUCUUGCCGACGGACCAAACUCCCGAUCCGGUCGUGUCGAGAUCAAGUACGACGGAGCCUGGGGCACGAUCUGUGACGAUGAAUGGGAUGUCGAUGAUGCCGACAUCGUCUGUCGCUCGCUCGGCUUCCCCGGGGCGGACCAGGCGAUACUCCGCGGCCGAUUCGGGGCCGGAGAGGGCGCUAUAGUUCUGGACAAUGUGAAUUGCGAUGGUUCGGAGGUGAACGUCGAGUCUUGCUUGCACAAUGGAUUCCUGGAGAAUAAUUGUGACCAUGACGAGGAUGCUGGUGUCAUCUGCCUUCCUCAGGCUCGUCUUGCGGACGGGCCAAGCUACCGCGAGGGGCGCGUGGAGCUCUUCUACCAAAACGCCUGGCAUACAGUCUGCGAUGAUCAGUGGGACGAGCUGGACAGCGCAGUGGUGUGCGACGGCAUGCUCGGUCUCCCGGGAGUGGACGGCCCCCAGUGGGAGCUCUCCUUUGGGCCAGGGGAGGGGGAAAUCAUCAUGGACGGUUUGAACUGCUUGGGGAAUGAACCCAGUCUGUUCCAGUGCCGCAGCCGAGGGUUGUUCGUCCAUGACUGCACCCACUCUGAGGAUACUGGUGUGAUCUGCUCCCCUUCAGUCCGUCUCGCUAAUGGCUUUCGAGAGCAUCAGGGUCGCGUGGAGUACUACUACAAUAACCAGUGGGGAACCAUCUGUGAUGAUGAGUAUGGGUCCUGGAGCAUAGAGAAUGCCAACGUGGUCUGCCGGAUGUUGGGUUUCGUGGGUGCCGAGAGUGCCCGCGGGAGCGCGUUUUACGGAGAAGGAGACAGUGAUAUCGUCCUAGCGAAUGUCCACUGCAAUGGGAAUGAGACAAAUGUCGCAGACUGCUCGCGGAACCAGUUCUUGGACCACCUGUGUGCACAUUCGGAGGAUGUUGGGGUAGCUUGUUCACUUGGAGUUCGUCUAGUUGGAGGCAACAAACCGAGCGAAGGUCGCGUUGAGGUGUUCUACCGCAACGCUUGGGGAACCAUCUGUGAUGAUCUGUGGGAUAUGAACGAGGCUCACGUCGUUUGUAGAAUGCUCGGGUACUCCGGAGCCUCAGGAUAUACGAUAGGAGCAUCGUUCGGACAGGGCCAAGGUGCUAUAGUCCUUGAUAACAUGAUGUGCAAUGGUACGGAGGAGCGGUUGGCCGAUUGUCAUCAUAAUGGAUUCUACAAUCAGAACUGUGGACAUCACGAAGAUGCUGGGGUUAUCUGCAUUGAUCAGGUGACUCCUCCACCUGAGCCUUCCACCUCUGAACCUACCCUCCUGCCAGGCACACCUCUGCUUCCCAUCGAAAUCACGAGCGGGGCAGUCCGCCUCCAGAACGGCAGCUCCGACCGUGAAGGUCGCAUCGAGGUGUUCCACAACGGCUCCUGGCACCCUAUCUGCGAUGACACCUGGGACGAGCUGGAAGCAGAUAUCAUCUGCAGGACGCUAGGCUUCCCAGGGGCAGUUCUUGCCAAGCAGCACUCCUACUUUGGCUCAGGGAAUGGAAGCAUUCUUCUGGAUGACCUUGGUUGCUUCGGCAAUGAGACAGAUCUUCUCUCGUGCACACACGGAGGGCUGUACCAACAUAACUGUGGGUCGAUAGAACAUGCUGGAGUCAUCUGCCAAAAUACAGUAAGACUAAAAGAUGGUGCCCGCCAACUUGAGGGUAGGGCGGAGCUUUACGCCAACAAUGCCUGGAACACCAUCUGUGAUGAUGGUUGGGAUAUAGACGAUGCUGAUGUUGUUUGCCAGAUGUUAGGAUACCCGUCAGCUGAGGCAGCCACUGUGAGGGCGACCUAUGGUAGUGGGACAGGGGAUAUCCUACUGACAGGUGUGGACUGUAGCGGCAUGGAGAGCAGUAUCUUUGAAUGUGGCCACAGCGGACUUGACGUACCAAACUGCGAACAUUCUGAAGAUGCUGGUGUGGUCUGCUCACCAAAUGUUCGUCUUAUCAAUGGCAGCAGCAACCUUGAAGGCUGGCUUGAGUACUACUACAACGGAUCCUGGGGGACAAUCUGCAAUAGCAACUGGGACAUCCUGGAUGCCAACGUGGUGUGCAGGAUGCUUGGUCACAACUUGGCUGUGACAUCGGUGAGCCAUGAUGAGUUCGGUCCAAGCGAAGGACCUAUCCUUCUGAGUGAUGUAGGAUGCACAGGACAGGAGUUGGCCCUUUCGGAAUGUCACCAUGGGCGCUUCUAUCAACACGAUUGCACACACCGUGAUGAUGUUGCAGUUGUUUGCACUGAUGACGUUGAAGUCCGACUCGUGGGCGGGAGCAGCGACAACCAAGGGCGGGUAGAAGUUAACUUCCAAGGUUCUUGGGGGACAGUCUGCGAUGACUAUUGGACCAUUGAGGCUGCUCAUGUUGUCUGUCGAAUGCUGGGGUACCCCGCUGCAGAUGGGUACGAACCAGGUGGUUUCUUCGGACCCGGUGAGGGGGCUGUAGUGUUUGAUGAUGUGCGCUGCACCGGAAACGAGACAAAUCUUGCUGAUUGCAGGCAUCGGGAGACCUUGACCAGUAACUGUGGACAUUCUGAGGAUGUAGGAGUGAUCUGUGCAGAGAUAGUUCCAUCCACAACCUUGCCACCACCCAUCGUUCCUCUGAAUGUUCGUCUCGCAGACGGUGAGACUAACCGUAGAGGUCGCGUUGAGGUCUUCUACAACGGUAGCUGGGGGACCAUCUGUGAUGACUAUUGGGAUCUUGAUGAUGCUGAGGUUGUCUGCCGUAUGUUGGGGCUAGGGCCCGCUCAAAGGGCAUACGGUGCAUCUGAGUUUGGACCUGGAGAAGGGCAAAUAGUCCUGGAUGAUGUGGAGUGCUCAGGAAUGGAGACCAAUCUGGCUUACUGCAGACAUGGAGGAUUGUUGAAUAACAACUGUGGACAUAGUGAAGAUGCAGGAGUAGUAUGCGCCGCUCCAGAACCAACCAAGCCUCUUCAGGUACGUCUAAUGGGUGGAGCCAGUGAAAUGGAAGGUCGAGUUGAAGUCCUCUACAACAACACCUGGGGAACCAUCUGCGAUGACCUUUGGGACAUCAAUGAUGGCAACGUUGUCUGCAGGAUGCUGAACUACACCAGGGCCGUCAGUACACCAGGAGGAGCAGCAUUCGGCCAAGGGAGUGGACUGAUUGUCCUUGAUAACGUUGAGUGUCAGGGAUAUGAAGCAAGCCUCCUGGAUUGCCAUAGGACCGGUUUCUUGGAGCAUAACUGUGGACAUUCAGAGGAUGCCGGGGUAGUUUGCACAAAUAUAACUGGUACAGAAGCCCCAACAACUCCCAUGCCCAGGCAAAUCAUUGACUUGCAGGUGCGCCUUGCUGGUGGCAGCAACAAUCGAGAGGGGCGUGUUGAGGUGUUCUACAACGGUUCCUGGGGAACCGUCUGUGAUGACCUCUGGGACAUCAAAGAUGGCGCUGUUGUUUGUCGAAUGCUGGGGCUUGGAAGGGCCAUGUGGACAUACGGUGCUGGUCAGUUUGGUUCUGGUGAGGGGCCCAUUGUCCUGGAUGAUGUACAGUGCCUUGGAACGGAGGAGAAUCUUGGAGAAUGCCAGCAUGGCGGGUUCUUGGUCAAUAACUGCCAACACACCGAAGAUGCUGGAGUGCAAUGUAAUGCACCCGAACCAACUGGACCCCUUGAAGUACGACUGGUGGAUGGAGCAAGCGAAAUGGAGGGCAGGGUAGAAGUCCUCUACAACAACUCCUGGGGCACCAUCUGUGACGACCAAUGGGGAAUCAGCGAUGCAGAAGUUGUUUGUAGGAUGCUUGGUUUUGUAAGGGCAGUCAGAGCUUCAACUGGUGCUGAAUUUGGCCAAGGGAACGGGUCGAUUGUUCUUGAUGAUGUGGCCUGCCAUGGACAUGAGAUGAGUCUUCUAGAUUGCCAGAGAAGGGAUUUCUUGGAUCAGAACUGUGGCCAUCAUGAAGAUGCUGGAGUUGUGUGUUCAAAUUCUAAUGUUACUGAAUCCCCACCCACGGUAACAUAUUUUGAGGCAAGGCUUGUUGGCGGAGACACAGAGCGGGAAGGACGUGUAGAGGUCUUCUAUAAUGGCUCUUGGGGAACUGUCUGCGAUGAUCUCUGGGAAAUGAAUGAUGCUGUCGUUACCUGCAGGAUGCUCGGAUUUGGCCCUGCUAUCCGGGCGUACACCUCUGCAGAGUUUGGUGCUGGUGAAGGACCGAUUUUCCUGGACAAUCUGGAGUGUCUAGGAACAGAGGAGAAUCUUGGAGAAUGUCAGCAUAAUGGUCUGUUGGUCAACAAUUGUCAACAUUCUGAAGAUGCAGGCGUACGUUGUGCUGCUCCUGAACCAACCGAGCCGCUCCAGGUCCGUCUAGUUGAUGGUGCCAACGAACUGGAGGGCAGGGUAGAAGUCCUCUACAACAACUCCUGGGGCACCAUCUGUGACGACCAAUGGGGAUUCAGCGAUGCAGAAGUUGUUUGUAGGAUGCUUGGGUUUUUAAGGGCAGUCAGAGCUUCAAGUGGAGCCGAGUUUGGCCAAGGGAACGGAUCAAUUGUUCUGGAUAAUGUGGCUUGCCAUGGACAUGAGACGAGUCUCCUAGACUGUCCGCGAAGCUACUUUUUGGAACAGAACUGCGGCCAUCAUGAGGAUGCAGGAGUAGUAUGUUCAAAUUCCAACGCUACCGAACCUCCACCUACCAUCGUACAGUUUGAUGCAAGGCUUGUUGGCGGUGACACAGAGCGGGAAGGGCGUGUAGAGGUCUUCUAUAAUGGUUCUUGGGGAACGGUCUGCGAUGAUCUGUGGGAUAUGAAUGAUGCUCUUGUUGUAUGUAGGAUGGUCGGCUUUGGUCGUGCCAUGAGGGCAUACAGCGCUGCUGAGUUCGGGCCUGGAGAAGGAGCGAUUGUCUUGGACAAUCUGGAAUGCCUUGGAACAGAGGAGAACCUUGGAGAAUGCCAGCAUAGUGGAUUAUUGAUUAACAACUGUCAACAUUCUGAAGAUGCGGGAGUGCGAUGUGCCGGCCCAGAACCAACUGAACCUCUCCAGAUACGUCUAGUAGAUGGAGCCAAUGAAAUGGAAGGUCGAGUGGAAAUCCUCUACAACAACACUUGGGGAACCAUCUGCGAUGACCUUUGGGACAUCAAUGAUGGCAACGUUGUCUGCAGGAUGCUGAACUACACCAGGGCCAUCAGUGCACCUAGAGGAGCAGAGUUCGGUGAGGGUGAAGGCCCCAUCUUCUUGGAUAACGUAGAAUGUCAAGGAGAUGAAGCAAGUCUCCUGGAUUGUCAACGGCUUGGUUUCCUGGACCAGAACUGUGGCCAUUCGGAGGAUGCAGGAGUGGUCUGCACAAACAUAAGUGCUACCGAAGCUCCACCGACAACAAUGCCUGUAGUCGACCUCCAGGUGAGACUCGUUGAUGGCACAACUGACCUUGAGGGACGGGUGGAGGUGUAUUACAACGGCACUUGGGGCACAAUAUGUGAUGACCAAUGGGACACGCUCGAUGGCCAUGUGGUAUGCAGGAUGCUCGGCCUGGGCAUGGCCCGGUCGGCCCAAGGCUACGGAGCCGGUCAGGGACCCAUCAUCCUGGACAAUGUACAAUGCCAGGGGACAGAAGACAACCUUGGGGGAUGCCAACAUCAAGGAUUGUUCAAUCAUAACUGCGGGCAUGCAGAAGAUGCUGGUGUCAGAUGUUCAGGGAAUACCACCCAGGAAUCCCUGAGUUCUCUGCAGGUUAGAUUGGUGGACGGCGCCACACCCAGUGAAGGCCGCGUCGAGGUCCUACAUGACGGCAACUGGAGCACCAUCUGCGAUGAUUACUGGGAUCUGCCCGAUGCUCACGUCGUCUGUCGAAUGCUGGGCUACCCUGGAGCAGAGAGCGCCCUCUCGAGUGGGUUCUUUGGACAGGGUGAAGACAGGAUUCUCCUGGAUGAUGUGGAAUGCUUCGGCAAUGAGACGAGCCUUGAGGAUUGCCAGUAUCCAGGAUUCUACCAGCAUAAUUGUCAACAUUAUGAAGAUGCUGGAGUGGUCUGUAGGCCCAGAGUGCGACUGACCGGAGGAGGCAACUACCGCCAGGGUCGUGUCGAGAUUUACUAUGACAACACCUGGAGCACUGUUUGUGAUGACUCGUGGGACCUCAAUGAUGCCAACGUUGUAUGUCGGAUGCUGGGCCAUGCGGAGGCGGAAGCAUACCGGACAUUGUCGUUCUUUGGUCAAGGAGUAGGAGAGAUUAUCCUGGAUGAUUUGGAGUGCUCAGGAACUGAAAGGGACAUCUUGGACUGUCAGCAUGCUGGGUUGUUCAACAACAACUGUGGACAUUCAGAGGAUGCUGGCGCUGUCUGCUCACAAAGAGUACGCCUGGCAGAUGGGGGGACACCUAGCGAAGGAAGGGUUGAGUUCUACAGCAACGGAACUUGGGGUACAGUCUGUGAUGACGCGUGGGACAUCGAGGAUGCCACAGUGGUCUGUCGCAUGCUGGGGUACCACAAGGCUGCAUCUGCUCCCCUUGGGGCGUUCUUCGGUACUGGUCAGGGAGAUAUCCUGUUUGAUGAGGUAGGCUGUACUGGAGCAGAGAGUGGAUUGAUGGAAUGUUCCCAUCGCGGACUCGGUGUAAAUAACUGCGGGCAUGGCGAAGAUGCUGGUGUUAUUUGUGCAAAUGAGCUUGAUGUCAGACUGGUUGACGGUGAGAAUGACAAUGAGGGGCGUGUCGAAGUCCUUUACAACGGUGCCUGGGGAACCGUGUGUGAUGACUCCUGGGAUAUGAAUGAUGCGCACGUCGUCUGUCGUCAACUUGGCUACCCUGGAGCUGAGGAAUCGUACGGUUAUGCUCACUACGGCGCUGGGGAUGGCCGGAUUGUUCUGGACGAUGUAGAAUGCAUCGGGAACGAGACAAAUAUAGCGUUCUGCAGUCACAGGGACAUUGCGACCAGCAACUGCGGCCAUCAUGAGGAUGCUGGGGUUCUUUGUGCUGAAGGUGGUCCAAUAGAAAACUUUGCUGUCCGCCUAGUCGACGGUCUCAUCCCAAGCAAUGGUCGCGUCGAAGUCUACUACGACGGCUCUUGGGGAACCGUCUGUGAUGACGGCUGGGACAUCAAUGAUGCAAACGUUGUCUGUCGUAUGCUUGGCUAUGCUAGAGCAAUCUCAGCGCCGUUCGGAGCGCGGUUUGGCGGGGGCAGCGGUCAGAUACUCCUGGAUGACGUGGACUGCAGAGGAUCGGAGGCAUCACUACUGGAUUGCGAGAAUAACGGACUUGGGCAGCAUAAUUGCGGGCAUACUGAAGAUGCAGGGGCUGUUUGUAGCUCAGAACCCUCUGAGAAACCCAGCCUUCCUGUCAGACUAACAGGAGGGUCUACCCCAUCUGAGGGCAACGUUGAGGUUUUCUAUAAUGGGGUGUGGGACAACGUGUGUGACAAUACGUGGGACUUAGCUGAUGGAUUUGUCGUUUGCAGGCAACUAGGUUACAGCAGCGUCCGACGGGUCUCGCGUAACUCCCGCUACGGCCAGAACAGCAACCAUUACAGGCUUCUAGACGUCCACUGCACAGGGGCAGAGAACGGGCUUGGAGAUUGUCGGGAAGAGGUCACUGAGGAUCUUAAUAUCUGCAGGUUUGGAAGGGAUGCUGCAGGAGUGUCGUGUGCUACAGCCUCAGACGGAGAUGUGCGCAUCGUAGGCGGUCCAAACUACCUCAUGGGAAGGGUUGAGAUUUACAACGAGGGCUCGUGGGGCACCGUGUGUGACGAUAGCUUCGAUCUCAACGACGCCCACGUGGUCUGCCGUCAGGCUGUCUCCGCCGAGGCAAUAACCUUCGCUCCCAAUGCAUUCUUCGGGCCCGGAAACAACAGCAUUGUGUAUGAUGAGCUGGAUUGCGGUGGUUACGAGACUGAUUUGGCGGAUUGCCCAGUGGGUGUCGGUUUACGAGGAGACUGCUCCCACGCUGAGGAUGUGUCAGUAGCUUGUCAAAUACCAGUCCGACUUGUUGGUGGAUCUGGUCUUCAUGAAGGACGGGUUGAGAUGCGUUACUUUGGCGGAUGGGGAUCCGUCUGUGACUCAGAAUGGAGCAUCGAAGACGGUGACGUCAUCUGUCGCCAGCUUGGCUACGAGGGUGCCGAGGAGGUGUUCUACGAUGCCCACUUUUCCCCUGGAGAGGGCAGGGUUGUUCUUGACGGACUCCGUUGCCAUGGGAAUGAGAGUCAAUUGAUGCUGUGCCCUCAUGAAGGAAUCCUGACCAAUAGGAAUGGCUGUACUAACGAUAAUGAGGCUGGAGUGAGAUGUAGGGAGGAAACCGAUACCACCACCUUUCCUACCACAAUGGGCCACAACCUUGCCGACAAUGCAACAACCUCAAUGGGCGCACCAACCAUGCCACCCCCUACCACUGUACCAGCCGACCCUAGCAAACAUGGACAGGUGCGUCUGGUGGGCGGGGCCACAUCCAACGAGGGGCGCGUGGAAUGGAACGUCAACGGCGUCUGGGGAUCGGUCUGCGAUGACUUCUGGGAUUUGAAGGACGCCACCGUGGUCUGCCGUGAGUUAGGUUUCGUCUCGGCUCGCAAGGCGGUCAUGCUUGCAGGAUUCGGCCAGAGCAAAGGACCAAUCGUCGCUGAUGAUGUCCUUUGCCGUGGGACGGAAGAGAGCUUCUCCAAUUGCUCCAAGAGUGACACCAAUAACUGUGGUCAUUCUGAGGAUGCAGGAGUCAUCUGUAACACAGAGACCACAUCCUACACUCCUAACCUUAUUGACAUGCAAGCCAACGCCACUUUUGCUUCCGGAACCGUGAGCAUCGGUGGAACCAACGACUCAUCAGUAUACGUCUGCAGCGAAGGGUUUGACUUCGCAGACGCUACCGUCGUCUGCCACCAACUUGGGUACCGUAGUGCCAUGAAGACCUAUGAGAAGACUACAGAGCAGGGGGAUGUGAGUGCGUCGGUUAGGUUUGAGUGCAUUGGGAAUGAGGAGAAGCUUGGCGAUUGUUCUGCGGAGGAGUACGAUCCUGUCAACUGGAACUGCCUGCCGUUUGAAGCAGCCGGACUUGAUUGUUUCCCAUCAUACGAGGGUGUGUCCAUUGCCCUGGUCGGUGGCAGUGCACCCUGGGAAGGUCGCCUAGAACUGACCAUCAACUCCGUCACCGGAACCGUCUGCGACGACUACUUCAGCAUGGAGGACGCCCACGUGGUCUGCCGGUCCCUAGGGUAUCCAGGCGCGGUCUCGCUUUCAGGAAGCGGUCUGUUUGGCGAAGGAACGGGAGAGAUCUUCUUGGAUGACGUAAGUUGUUCUGGAGAUGAGGACCAUAUUCUUGACUGUGUUCAUGAUGGUGUCGGGGUUCAUAACUGUGGUCAUCGGGAAGAUGUCUCUAUCAUAUGCGAUGGAGGUGAGGUCCAACCCACAACAGCAGCAGACAAGAUCCGCCUGGUGGACGGGAACUUCCCCUCCGAGGGGCGCGUGGAAGUACUCCACAACGGCAUCUGGGGUACGAUCUGCAACGACGGCUGGGACAUCGACGACGCAAACACCGUCUGUCGGAUGCUCGGCUACAAAGGGGGCGCCCUACAGGCUGUGUUGUCACCGGAGUUCGGCGAGGGCUCGGGUCCGAUCGUGCUGAGUAACGUUGCGUGCAAGGAAAGCGAUACGAAUCUGUUGGAUUGCGACUUCCCACCGUUUGGCACGCACACCUGCUACUUCACGAGAAUGGAUGCUGGGGUGCGCUGCAGCACAGGAGAGGUCAUACCCAAUCCAUUGAAUGUAGAUAUCCGCCUUGUGAACGGUAGUAAGCCUAGCGAAGGCCGGGUGGAAAUCUUCUAUAACAAUACAUGGAGCUCAGUUUGCGAUGACGCCUGGGACUUACGCGACGCCCUCGUUGUUUGCCGACAGUUGGGCUUUCCAGCGGCUGCAUCAGCACCGUUACGAUCUAGGUUUGGUCCCGGUGAAGGGCCUAUCGUUGUGGAAGACUUUGGUUGCCGUGGCAACGAGAGUAACUUGGCGGAAUGUGAUCACGACCCGUGGACGAUCCAUGACUGCACGCAUGACGAAGAUGCUUCCGUUGUAUGCCUUGAAGAUUUAUCGGCUCCAGUGCGUCUUCGAGGAGGUAUUUACCCAGGCGAGGGCCGAUUAGAGAUCUACGUAGGGGACAAAUGGGGCACGGUUUGUGACGAUGGAUUCACUUUCACAGAAGCGAAUGUAGUCUGCCGUCAGCUAGGCUAUCCUGGCGUUCUACAGAUAUUAGCGGGUGAACAGUUUGGCGGUCUAGGGUACCUCCCCACUCUACUGGAUGAUCUGACGUGUGUCGGUGACGAGACUUCUCUGGCGAUGUGUUUGCAUCGAGGUGUGGGCGACCACAACUGUGUAACAACAGAGAAUGUCGGCCUAAUAUGUAACACAUCUUCAGCCUAUUUUCCCGAUGCCCCUGUGAGAUUGAAUGGAAAAUCAAAUGAUUCGGGGAGAGUAGAGGUCUAUCACGACGGAGAAUGGCGAGCCGUAUGUGAUAACAACUGGGACCUGAACGAGGCGAGCGUUGUAUGCCGUCAGCUAGGCUUCCCCAGGGCUUUCAUAGCAGACACGGGUUCCUACUACGGCGGGGACCCCAUAGGCUUCUGGCUGUAUGACGUCAAGUGUUCUGGUACAGAGUCUAACCUCGGUCAGUGCAGUCACGCCGAGUGGGGUCAAGGGUCGUGUGCGUUCAGCCAGGAAGCAGGAGUAAUGUGCUUUCCAGCGAGCGAUGGUGACGUUCGUCUAGCGGAAGGAAGGAGCUGUCUGGAGGGAAGGGUUGAAUUCUACACUAACGGUGAAUGGGGCACCGUUUGUGAUGACAUGUGGAGCAGAGAAGACGCUGAUGUAGUAUGUCGACAGCUAGGCUUUGGUCCAGCCUCUGGGGUGUUUAGUGGUGCUGUGUUUGGGGGAGGCAACGGACCUAUCCAUGUAGAUGACUUGGAAUGCACUGGAAAUGAGAGUAGCCUCACGGACUGUAUGAGGAGAGAUGACGGAGAGCAUAAUUGCGGCCAUCAAGAAGAUGCUAGUGUGUCGUGUACAUUACCAGUGCGUCUAUCUGGUGGCAACUCUACGAGCGCGGGUCGCGUCCAAGUCUACUUCGAAGACCAGUGGGGCAAGGUCUGCCGGGACGACUUCACCGACAUCGAGGCCGACGUCGUCUGCCGCCAGCUGGGAUUCGCCGGCGGAAACCAGACCGACGCCGCGCAGUACGAUAACACCGAUGGACCGUUUCAUUUGGACAAUCUAUCAUGCCGCGGUGAUGAAUUAAUGAUAGGCAUCUGUCCUCACAACGGAUGGGGCAAACAUGAUUGUUUCGAAGAAGAAGAUGCAGCAGUUAUCUGUUUUUGAAUGCCCUCCUUCAAAUCUAUUGGAAAUAUUUCUUUGAGAGAUAAGGGCAGGACAAGUCCCUCUGCAAAAUUGUUUCACUGAUUCCGAAGACAAGAAACGUGUAUCAGGA